AUGGCAUAUUUAAUGCCAUGUGAUCCAUUACAAAUGCGUAGCAUGUAUCAAAGAGAAGAUAGUGAAGAUAGUGAUGGUGAAGGUGGUCUAGGUAAUGUAAAUCGUGUAUUAAUACGACCACCAGAACAUACUGGUAAAGCUAAAAAAGGACAUUUAUGUUUUGAUGCAUCCUUUGAAUGUGGCAACUUAGGACGUGUUGAUUUAAUAUCUGAAUAUGAAUAUGAUUUAUUUAUUAGACCUGAUACAUGUUCACCACGUUAUCGAAUAUGGUUUAAUUUUACUGUUGAUAAUUAUAAACAAGAACAACGUGUUAUAUUUAAUAUUGUAAAUUUUAGUAAAAAUAAAUUAUUAUUUCGUAAUGGUAUCUUAUUACCAUUAGUUAAAUCAACAUCACAUCCAUAUUGGCAACGCAUACCAUCUAAAUAUGUUUAUUAUCAUAAAUCUCAACAACAUUUCAAUCAAUAUAUAUUAUCGAUUGCAUUCGCAUUUGAUAAAGAAGAAGAACAAAUCUAUCAAUUCUCAAUAUCACAACCAUAUUCAUAUUCACGUUUACAAUUAUAUUUAUCAUCAUUAUUUAUUAAAAAACAAUCAUCAUCAUCUACUAUUAACAUUACUAAAGAAUUAUUAACAACAUCUAUACAAAAUAGAAAUGUUGAUUUAAUAACAAUUAAUAAUAAUAAUAUUCAUAAUAAUGUUAAUAAUACUAAACAACAUGUUAUUGUUAUUUUAUCUAGAAUACAUGGUAGUGAAUCACCCACAUCAUUUAUAUGUCAAGGUAUUUUAGAAUAUUUAACAUCAACACAAGAUAUUUAUAUAUUAAAUUAUAUACGUAAAUCAAAUAUUAUAUUUAAAAUAAUACCAAUGUUAAAUCCAGAUGGUGUUUAUUUAGGUAAUUAUAAAACAAAUUCAAUUGGUAUGAAUUUAAAUAAUAAUUAUGAUAAAGCAUCAAUAUUUAUACAUCCAACAAUAUAUGAAUUAAUAAAAUUAUUAAAAUCAAUAGAUACAUCAAAUCAAUAUCAUUUAGAUUUUAUAAUUGAUUUACAUGCACAUUUUAAUUUAAUGGGUACCUUUAUUUAUGGUUCAACAUAUGAUGAUAUCUAUCGUUAUGAACGUCAUAUUAUAUUACCUAAUAUGAGAUUAGGACGUAAUUUAAUUCGUACAUUUAUUGAAUAUUAUAAAAUGAUUGGUGUUAUUAUUAUUGAUGAUUUAUGUUAUGAAUUAACAACAACAACAACAAAUCAACAUCAAUCACGUUCACAAUGUGUUUUUGCAACUUCUUUUUUGAUGAAAUAA